GUUAAAUGGCGCUCACCAAAAGCUGGCGGAUCGGCUAGGCAACAAAGGCGCAGUGCAAUUGCUGUUGUAGUUUUUAAUAAUAGCUCUUCACACGUGCAACUUGACCGGGUGGCACGACUGGAUUAUGAAGGACACCAUGACUGCCGUCGAACUCAAAGACCUCGGUAACAAAUUGUUCACUGCGCGCAAGUACGAAGACGCCAUAUCCUGCUACAGCAAAGCAAUCAUAAAGAGUCCAUCCACGGCCACCUACUUCACGAACCGGGCGCUAUGCUACCUCAAGCUCCAGCAGUGGGAGCUGGCCUGCCAGGACUGUCGUCGUGCCCUCGACCUUGACCCCAGCUCAAUCAAGGGUCACUUUUUUCUGGGUCAGGCGCUGCAGGAGAUGGACAACUACGACGAGGCCGUCAAGUACCUGCAGAGGGCUAAUGACCUGGCCCGCGAGCAGAAGCUCAACUUUGGCGAUGACAUUGCGUGCCAGCUGCGGCUGGCGCGCAAGCGGCGCUGGCAGCUCAUCGAGGAGAAGCGGCUGCAGCAGGAGAUUGAGCUGCAGACCUACCUCAACCAGCUCAUCCUGCUCGACAAGAAGAAGAGGGUUCAAGAAAUGAAAAUUAUGGGCACUCGCCAGGGAGACAUCGAAAGGGUGGAGGCCGCACUGGACAAGUACAUAUCAGAAUUGAACAACAUAUUUGCAAAGGUGGAUGAAAGGCGCAGGAAACGAGAAGUGCCUGACUACCUGUGCGGAAAAAUCAGCUUCGAGAUCAUGCGUGAGCCGGUCAUCACGCCGAGUGGCAUCACUUACGACCGCAGGGACAUAGAGGAGCAUCUACAGAGGGUAGGCCACUUCGACCCAGUGACAAGAACGCCGUUGACCCAGGACCAGCUGAUUCCAAACUUGGCCAUGAAGGAGGUGGUGGACGGCUUCCUCGCGGAGAAUGAGUGGGCCCUCGACUACUGAACGCCUCUGUUGACUUUUGCGAGGACCGUGCGCACCGUCCUGCCGAGAGCCAGCUUGAUUCCGCGUUGUCGCCACCCACUUGCGUCCCUCUUUAACAAGAUCGAGAUGGCAGGCGCCUCCAUAGGUUGCAGUGCGCAUCUCGCGGGACUCUUGGCCUGCGGCCUUUUUCUUUUCGUUGCCCGCACCCAUCUGUACUCAACGCUUCCGCAUCAUGCUGUCAAGUGACCUUGCGAAGUCGGGUCUGCUACGAGUUCUUUGUUUAGGUUUGGCUCCGCAGGCACAAAAUUUGAACGACUUUGUUGACAGCUGUGAGUCAUGUUGUACGCAGCAGCUCUGUCGUGUCGUAAAACGUCAGUUGUGCCGGUUCAAGUGCUCUUUGAUUGUUCCGAUUACCAAACCACUGGGCCACUUAAAGCAGCUUGCUGUUUUGGUUUGAUUGAUUGCACUGAGCAUUGCAUUAAAUUCAGCCAAUGUCUCUUUACCUAAAACGUGCUGACUUGACCGAAGCGUAACCCUCUGCAAAGGCAUCUGAAAGCAGACUCUAGCACAGCUGUCAGCUGCUUAAAUCUUCGAUGAAUAGUGGCCGCGAACUAAAACUGUUUCAGUGGACUUCUAAUUAAGGUACCGAUCUUCUAAUGUCUCUGUCUGACAUACACCAUGCUUCACAGAAGCUUACGCUGGAUACACGUUUUCGUGUAAAGUGGUGUCGACGGUUUGGAAGUGCUGGUGGCCACCACGUUUCAGGCGAGUGCACACGGCCGUCGUUGCAAACAGAACAGACGACGUCAAAGGAGACGUGAGAAAAGCCGUGUCUGUCUCUGUUUUCGUCUGUUCUGUUAUCACUGCCUGUCAUAAUGGCCAUGUUUCUGCGGUGAGCGUUCAGUGGAAUCUUAUGAAGUUGCCAGGGUCUGGCCAGCCUCUCGGAUGAGUGCGACAAGGUGACAAGAAAGUUGACGUGAACAAACGUAGCCUGUAGACGUCACGCUCUUGUCAGGUUCUGUUGACCCAUGCCUGUAAAGGUACUUGCUGUACAUAGGUCCCAUGUUAUGGACUGCGAUGAACCAUUACUACCCUCUCCACGUGACUCUUCAAGCAGUCUCAUAGCUCUAGGCUUGCUUGUCCCACAUUGUGCUAGCCUUGGCUUUUGUACACACUUUACUGCAGUUGUAGAGUCCAAAACGGCAGAAAAGCCCAGAGGUAUCCAGUCCCAGGAAUGCCUUUUUUUUUUAACGAGAACUCUAUAGCUUCUUGUGUUGAACUUAGGAUUGUCACUGGGCAUGUCGUUUCACACGCUGCUAUCGAAUGUUUAUAUGGAUACCCUGUUCUAGAGCCCUACGUUCAUGUGUUCUGCUUUGUUGAGUGCAUUACGGCAAAACCCUCAAAAUGUGGCAGUGUUUUAUGAAAUGAGAAUUUUUAUUUGUUUUCAGUGAACAAUUUCUUUUUGCUAAAGCUGGCAGACGAGAAUGGUAUGUCUUAGAAUUGCUUGCAUGGUACCAACAGGGAGGUGCAGUACAGCUCUCUUCACUUGUGUCGAUGGCAUUAUGCAACCCUCAAUUCCUGUAGUGUCGCCUAUGGUUGCGUGUUGGAAGCAGUGAUAUGUCGCAUCGCUAGAUGGCUACUUCAGUGCAGCUUCUAGUCGAGUGCUACAAUGAGUGUGAAUGAUGGUGUGACCUGAAAAGCACGACCUUAAUUUUAGGUCAGGCGGUCCCAUGUCACCAACUGUUCACAGGGUGAGUGCUCUGCUUAGCGAAUAUGAACUUUGUUCUGCCAAGCACCAGCCCUGAAGUGCGCUUGUACCAAUUUAACCAAUAGGUGCCUGGUGGCAGCCAUUCUUUUUCUGCUACAACAUUGGUGGAUGCUCAGUCAUUUCACCAAGGCUGUGGUGGUUAGAGAGUCAAAUAGAAGUGUGAGAACUCUGACAGGAGGCUUGAGCACUGACGACGUGUACGACACAAAAGUCGACAGGAUCAAAGGAAACAACAGACAUGUGCCAUCUUUCUGGCACUGGCGCCCUAAUUUAUCUUAGUGCUUGCACUUGCGAGGCAAGAUUAUCAUUGUUUUAUGCUCAUAAAAGAUAUGUUGGAAGGUUCCUUCUUGGUUUAACUCCAAAGGUUUCUUCUUGAUGCCAUUGAAUUAUGUGACUAUUGCGUGCCAGUCUUCACUCGCGCUUGGCAGUGGGUGGUUCAGCUGGUUACGUGAUGAUGUUAUUGGCCUUUUGCGUGUCCAUGAUAAGAAAGGAGCAACAGUUAAACUGAGGCAUUCCUUAUGUUGUUGCCUCGGAACGCUCAGACGUUCAAUUUGAAGGCGUAGAGCCAAAUGAGCCAGUUCCAAGGAGAAAAAGCAGACGCUCUGCAUUAAGGAAAUCACACUGCAUGAGGUGUGGACUAAAUGAAGCAUCAUCACUGGCUGUUGUUUCAAAUUUCGACAGGCCCUUUGAAUUCACCGCGAACUCUUAGAACUGUUGCUGAGAUGCAAGUGUAUUCUAGACUGGAAGUUUGUUCGCAAAUCAUCAAAGAAAAAAAAUAUCCAGCCAAACAACAAACUUAAAAAACGAUGAAGGAGACUGUAAAAUGGCUACAUCUUCAUCGUUUGCUGUAUUUGUCCGUUUUUUGGCCAGAUGUAUUUAUUUAUUUCUAUGCACCCACUAGCCCCACGAUGACUUCUACUAGAUUCAUACCAAAGUCGCAGUAGCAUAGGAGGCCAAGUGGGUAGCACUUUAUGGUAACACUGAGCGACAGAAAUUUAUGGAAUGCAAGCCCCACAAUUCCGAAUUUCUGCUGUGUUAUGUGAAUGACACCACAAACGUGAUAUAUGUGACUGGUAUUUAUUAAAAUGAACCCGUGUGACAGUUGCUUUUAGUUUCUUUUUAAGAAGACACUAAAAACAUUUUGCCUUUAGAGCAGUCGCCUUUCAAGUUGUUUUCACUACCCAUUGUCGCUCGGUUCUGGAAAUGAUUGCUCAUUUUUGUGUGUGCAUAGCACAAUCUCAAAUACUCUGCAGUGCUGUUGGAGAACCAACCAAGUUGCAUUGUUAACCCCUUGUGGUCCUGUGCUGGGCCCCUCCCGACAAUGGAACAGGGCUGUAGCAGUUCGUUGUCAGGCAUCACGGGAAAAGCUCUGUCAUGGUUGAUUCACGAGCCCAUUUUCUCGCUGAAUUAUGGGCCACCUCUGAAAGAAUGAUUUAACUUUUUUUACACGAGCUUUACUUCUUUUAUAUUCAGUCUGGAACAAAUAAAAGGUGGAUAAAGGUUUGAGAUCGCAAAGGGUUGAAAAAACGCAAAGCAUCUUGCACAGAUGCAUAGCGCACAUGCGUGCACAUCACUUGAAACAAUGAUGUCGGUCUUCAUUUGCGACAGCUAUCAACACUGUAGGCACCACGUGUUUUUUGUGGCAUUCAUUUCCUUUAGUGCUGCUGCUUUGUUUGUGCUUCAGGUUGUUAGAGCAAUACACCAGCUUAAGCAAGGCACAAGCAACGAAGUUUCGUUUGAGUGGAGUGUGCGUGUUGAGUUGGAAGAGUGAGAAUCUUUAAAACUGUAUUUUUCUUUCUGUGAAUUUUUUUUCAUUUGUGAGAGGCUUGUGAGGUCUGAUUGACAUUGAUGUAAGUGUGCAUGUGUGUGUGUGUGUGAGGUUUAAAAAAAAUGUAUUGGGCUGCCACCUCUUUUUAUUUCAAUGUUUUUUUUUUAUGUCCAGUUGCGGGCAAUUUGUGUAAAUAAAAACUGAUGAAGUUUCAAACUGUUAAA